UUACGUUACGGGCUUUUUUUCCCCUAAGGUUUGCAGACGAAGGGAAGCGGCCUGGAGGUUUUUAUUUUGCCCAAACAAGCGGCGAGAACUGCGUUCCGGCCGAGCUCGUGCAAGAUGAACCUGAACUACACGUCUCCGGGCGAGCAGAUGCCCACCCAGAGGUCAACGUCCUUCUUCAUUGAAGACAUUUUGCUCCACAAGCCUAAGCCUUUGCGGGAUGUGUUUCCGUCGCCUUUCUCCAACUCGCUCGCAUCUCGGAUGCCUCUGCUUGAAUACGGAUACCCCCUCAUGCCCACCCCGAUCCUCGCCUCCCAUCCACACCAUCCUCUGCACAAACCCGAGCAUCACCCCUACUUCUUCACCUCCGGAGUGCAGAUGCCAUCGCUGUUCCAGCAUCACCCGGAGCUGCCCGGGAAACACUGCCGGCGCCGGAAAGCGCGCACUGUCUUCUCCGACUCGCAGCUCUCCGGACUGGAGAAGCGCUUUGAGAUGCAGCGGUACCUCUCAACACCCGAGCGCGUGGAGCUGGCCACAGCACUCAGCCUCUCAGAAACACAGGUGAAAACUUGGUUUCAGAACCGGAGGAUGAAGCAUAAAAAGCAGUUAAGGAAAACGCAGGAGGAGCAGAAGACACCAGGGGACACGGACAGAUCUCUGGAGAGCUCGAGCGCCAGCGAGCUGCAUGACAGCAGCGCAGGAGGCGCGAAAGACGCCAUGAGUCCGGACAGAUACACGGUGGACGAAAACGAAGACGAGGUCGAUAUUGAGGACGACAUCUGCUCCCCUGAACAUUUACUAUAGAGCGAAGAACAUGAACUAACCCACUCAUGUACAUAUCGAUUACUGAAUUUUAGAUAGGAAAUUCUAUUUAGCUUUUUUUUUUUCUUUUUAUAUUUAAAUUAAUAACCAUCUAAAAUAUAAUAUUCAAGCGCUUAUGACAUGCAUAAUCAGCAGACUGACUCAUGACUCCAGGUAGCUCAUGACUUCCGGCCAGAAGGAAUUUCGAUUCUAAAAUUAUUAUUAUUAUUAUUAUUAUUAUUAUUAUUAUUACUACUACUACUACUAUUAUUAUCAACCGUUUCGCCCAUACUGAGGACUUUAAUGAAGUGACCGGGAUUGAAAUAUCACAAGCCCACAGUGACUUUUUUUGUUAAUAUGGGAGGGGUAUUAAAUAUUGUAUUAGACAAUCUGUAAAUAGAAUCCUAGCACUUGUUCAGUUGAUGGAUAACUGAGCAAGAGCGCAGCAGUGAUUUCGGAUGUGGUUGACGCAUCAUGUUCAUCAGCUCUAAAACUGUGAUGUGUCUUUUGUUAAUGCAAAACAUGUUAAAAAUAAUGUACAGUAAAUUAAUUAUCAAAGAAAUUAUGAUUUGUU